UCACUGGCAAGCGUCUACAACUUGGCGUCGGCAUUGAUAGAUCUGGGCAAAUUUGAAGAGGCAGAAGCAUUGCAUCGACAGGCGCUAAGGCGGAAGCUGAAAGAGCUGGGGCAAGAUCAUCCGUCAACACUUACGGCGCUUAGCGACCUGGCUGGAUUGUUACAGGUUCUCGGAAAGGCAGGAGAAGCAGAAUUGCUAUAUCGACAAGUCAUAGAGGGAAGGCAAAAGAUACUGCCGGCUGGCCACCUCAAUACACUAGAAAGCUUUGAUGGCUUAGAAUCUGCGCUGAGAGAGCUGGGCAAGCUUGAGGAACCAGAAGAAUUGGGUCGACUAACACUAGAAUGCAAGGUAAAGGAGUUGGGGCAGAACCAUAUGUCUACACUCGCAACCCUGAACGACCUGGCUUCAAUGCUACAAGAUCUUGGCAGGCUCGAGGAAGCAGAGUCUUCAUACCGACAAGCACUAGAUGGAAGGGAAAAGGCACUAGCAUUUCACCAUCCUGACACACUAACAAGCCUUGAUGGUUUAGCAUCAGUGAUGCGAGAUUUGGGCAGGCUCAGAGAGGCGGAAGCUCUAUAUCGAGAAGCCAUAAAGAGGACAGAAAAAGGCCUAGGAUGGGAGCAUCCUUCUAGACUGACAUUAUGUAACAAUCUA